AUGGGCAUAGAAACGGAUUCUAGCAAGGAGAGAAAUGAGUUUUUUGAGCGAGUUCACAGGGCCAUAGGCCUGGCAAAAACAGAAAAAGAUGCUCCGCUGGAGAUUGAGCUGAAAGAGCGCGUCUUUGAUGUGAUUGGAGCACCCAUAAACAGAGCGCAUGAGUCAAUUGUUGACUUAGUUGAAAUAUAUGUGCAGCCAAAAGUAAAAAUAGGAUGGAUACUUAGCGAAAGGCCAGAUUUACUUGAAGGCGUGUAUAUUCUUCUUAAAAAAGUAGGACUAAAAUCACAAACCAUAAUAUUCCACACAAAAGAGAUGCUUCUUGCGAUCUCAAAGGCAUGCAAAACUGCCUCUGCAGAUGAGCAGACAGCCCUUCUGUUUGCGCAGAUUCGAAUAUGCAAUGAAAUAACUGACGAUGACUAUUUUAGAUCCAUAGAGCAAGAGGCAGUUCAAGCUCUCAAGGGCAUUCUGAAUAUAGAGUGGCAGUUCAUAGGCAAGCAAGGAUAUACAUGUGCAGGCCAGCCACACAGUGUGCCUAUUUUUGUGUGCGAACUGGUAACCCACGGAAAAGAAGAGGCAGAGUAUACAAAUUUGGAUGACCUUGAAAGAGCAAUAGAAACAGGCGACAGAUACUUUCUUUUUCCAAAGACAGAGCCAGCGAUCUAUGACAUGACAAGCCAGCAGAAAGACCUGCUAUACCUGCAUGCAAAAAAUCUAACUCUAGUUGGGAACGAGGCAUCUAAGGCAGAGGCCAGCGCUAUUUCACAGAUGCUUCUACAAAAUGGAUAUUCCUUGGAUGCUUUGCUGCUGUAUGCAGGGUGUUUAGUAGACAGGCCAGUGGCUACGCUUUCUGCAAUUGAGUACAGCAUAACUCCAGAAGUUCCCCUAAAGGAGAAGGAGCAUGAGAUUCUUUGGGCGCAUGCCCUAGUCUCAACAGCCUCGCACUCUCCGGCAAUCCCACUAUUUGAAAAGCACAAAGAGACAGACAGGCUUAUUGCCUCGCUUAUUCUUGCAGGAAAGCGCGAGAUAGCUAAGCCACUUCUGCAGGAAAAGAUAGAGCAGAUUAAAAGGGACUUGGAGAUGCAGGAGCUUAUUAACAACACAUGCUCUCUCUACAAAGCUGCAGCCCAUUCCAGAGAGCCUGUGAUUCUACUAAAAAUCGAACUUGCCUCAUUGUUAUUUGCCUUUGGCAUAAUGGAGAACAGCAUAGAAUAUUUGAAAGAGGCUUUUAAUCUGGUGAAAACCGCAAAGUACGCAAAAGCACUGUGCACUCGGCUUCUUCUCAAUGGGCAGCACGCAGAGGCGCUCUCUAUCCUGCAGAGCUGCAACUUCGAGGUGCUUGAUAUAGACACUCUUCUACUAACUGCAAUAUCAUUUGCACAGAGUGAGAACUACGAGGAUGCAGAGCGAAUUAUUAAAUAUGCCUCUGUGUUUAAUCAGAAGAGCGAGAAAAUAGAUGCAGCUCUUCAAAGAAUACUUUUGCUCCAGGGGAAGAUCGAAGAAGCCAUAGAGUAUCUGCUUGUAAAGGUUAAAACAUACACACCAAACAUUGGAAGAGACGCAAAUGCGCUUUUUACGCUUGCCACAGCUACUCUUAUGUUUAGGUAUGCUGGGGAAGCUGUGCUGUGUCUAUAUCUGAAAACUGGGCAGCUUCCUGCACUGUGGGUUGAGUCUCUUCUUAAGUCAGCAGAGACCCAUAAAGAGGCAAAAGAAGCAAUUCUGCACGUAUGUGCAAACGUAAAGAGUCUGGGACUGGUCCCCACCAUUCGAAAGGCUCUAAGCUAUCCCGGAGAAGUGUCUGCAUCAACUGAAUACUAUGCACGAAAGAGGCUUAUUGAGCACGCUAUUCACAAAAGAGAGUUCUCUCUUGCGCACGAACAUCUUUCACGCAUGAAAACACUUUCCUCCAUGAUUGACCAAAACCAAGACUACUUAGACACAGUCUUUACGUUCUACCAAAGCCAAGAACUCCGGCCACUGUAA